AUGGCCGCGUCGGCGCUGCACCAGACGACCAGCUUCCUCGGCACCGCCCCGCGGCGCGAUGACCUCGUCCGCAGCGUCGGCGACUUUGGCGGCCGCAUCACCAUGCGCCGGACCGUCAAGAGCGCGCCCCAGAGCAUCUGGUACGUACUACUAAUAUUUCCCAUGCAUGGUUCGCUCCCCCUGAUGAAUCCCAAGUACCUGGGCCCGUUCUCCGAGCAGACCCCGUCGUACCUGACCGGCGAGUUCCCCGGCGACUACGGGUGGGACACCGCCGGAUUGUCUGCUGACCCCGAGACGUUCGCCAAGAACAGGGAGCUGGAGGUGAUCCACUCGCGGUGGGCGAUGCUCGGCGCCCUCGGGUGCGUGUUCCCGGAGAUCCUGUCCAAGAACGGCAUCAAGUUCGGCGAGGCCGUGUGGUUCAAGGCCGGCGCCCAGAUCUUCUCCGAGGGCGGCCUCGACUACCUGGGCAACCCCAACCUGGUGCACGCGCAGAGCAUCCUCGCCAUCUGGGCGGUGCAGGUGGUGCUCAUGGGCUUCAUCGAGGGCUACCGUGUUGGUGGCGGGCCCCUCGGCGAGGGCCUCGACAUCAUCUACCCGGGCGGCGCCUUCGACCCACUUGGCCUCGCCGACGACCCCGACACCGCCGCCGAGCUCAAGGUGAAGGAGCUCAAGAACGGCCGCCUCGCCAUGUUCUCCAUGUUCGGCUUCUUCGUGCAGGCCAUCGUCACCGGGAAGGGGCCAGUUGAGAACCUCUUCGACCACGUCGCCGACCCGGUCAACAACAACGCCUGGGCCUUCGCCACCAACUUCGCCCCCGGAAGCUAA